CAGCAGCACAGUGGAGGCACAUUUCCACCCUGUUCUCCCCCCUCCCUGUCAACAAAGCCUUCACAUCUACGGGCCUAUAAAAGCCCUUGUGGUCGAGCUGUCACUGCUUAGUGGAGUUUAAUCUGCACUUCUGCAAACAAAAUGAACAGUAAGGCAGACUUUAAGGCCGCGAGCAAAGAAAAGCUCCUGAAACAUCAGCAGCACUUGCAGAGACAAAGAGAUGCCAUCGCCUACAGGAUGAAGAAACUGGCAGCUAAGCAGGUGGAGAUCACUAAAAAGACCGAGACGGUGAAGGAGAAAAUCAGGAAGAAGUACGAGGACAUGAAGCGGGUUUUGGAUGAGGAUCUUCGGAUCACGCUGACCCAGCUGGACACAGAACAUGAGGCCGCAGAGAGGCUGGUGGAGGAGAAGAUAGAGGACUGCUACCACCUCACACUGGAACUGGACCAGGAACUGGCUAAGAUUAGCACUGAGGUGAAAACACAAGAAAGUGACAUCCAGAAUGCAGAAACAGAAAAGAGAAUAUCUGAGAUGUUGAAACAAACCGACCCUGACCUGAUUCAGACGGAUGAGUUCAAGAACGAACAACUGCUGAGUCUUACUAUUAAUCUGCUGCUGUUCAUCAGAUCCCAGGUCCCUGUCACCAAGAAGCUGUUUCAGAGCUAUGCAGCAGAUGUCAUCCUUGACGCUGACACUGCCCACCCCAAGCUGAUCAUCUCUCCCAAAGGCGAUUCAGCUACAUACACAGAAACCUGGCAGGACGUCCGAGAGAUCCCCUCUCGCUUUGACAACACCCUGAACGUAAUCAGCCAGGAAGGCUUCAGUGAAGGCCGUCACUACUGGGAGGUUGAGGUGAGCGGGAAGACCUACUGGGAGCUGGGCCUCACCUAUCCCAGCAUCCCACGCCAGGGCCACGAGGAGGAGAGCUGGCUGGGCCGAGGCAAGGAGUCAUGGUGUGUGGAAUACUUUAAUGGAGACUACACUGCGUGGCAUAAUGGUGUUCAGCAUGAGCUGCCUCUGCUGGCAGGAAGACAGUUCGCCCGUAUCGGGGUGUACUGCAGCUUCCCUGGGGGUCUGGUGUGCUUCCUGGGAGCCGACACCAUGACGCCCCUCCACUGCUUCUGUGCAGGGACCUUCACUGACAUCCUGCAUCAAGCUCUGUGCCCUGGGCACGACAAUGAAGGCACAAACUGGAAGUCCCUUAAAAUCUGUGAUGCUUCCCGCUCGGCUCCUGUUCUCUGACGGAGCAGAAGGAAGGAGUGUGUCUAAACGGGGGGGCAUCAGCCGCCUCAUCUGACAUUCUUAAGUCCUGACACAGCCUCGGCUCUGGAUGCUGAGCGCGUUAGGCAAGUCUAAAUUUGCUUGAGGGAAAUUUUAAAGCGUCUCUAUUUUAGAGUCACAGGUCAUGUAGUUCGGUUGCAGACUUUCCUUUAUAGUGAAUACGCCAAACUUAACAUGCAGACUUGAGCGCUAUCAAAAUAUAGCAUGGUGGUUAUUUUUAAAUGUUUAUUCUUACUGCUGUGAUUAACCAACAUAUAGAGAUGAAAAACUGCAAAAAACAGAUGUAAGAAUGGCACAGAGAAAUGUAUAGCGUAACACUGAAUUAAUUAUUUGGGUUUAUCUGUCAUUAACACUAAUAACAAAUCCCACGAAAAGACAAUUAAGCCACCUUAGCCUGUCUGGCAACAUUUCUCAACUAUCUUUCUGUCUGUGGUUCUCAGCCUCAAGCCAAUCUUUACAAAGCACAUUUUUAUUUUCACUCUUAAAAAAUGCUAAGUCAUCACCAAAAACAAUUGGCUGUAGUAGUUUUUAUUAGAUGUUACAAAAACAUGGCUAAAUUGUGCAUGUGCUGGGAUCUAUUUUUUGCCGUGGAUUGGUACACAACUGGUGCUAGUGGCUGUUCAUGGCAGCAGGUCAAUGUGCAAUAUGUGGAAAAAUGAUGCAUAAUAAUGUGCCUGUGAUUGUGGUAAUAAAGGAAUAAAUGUAAUCAAGAGACAAGUAAAGAA